UUCAGAUGCUGAACUUGGACGGAUGACUAAAUAUAAUUCCCCAAUGCAUGAUAUCAGUUAUGAUAGCAUGGAUGAAUUAAAACUUCACUUCGAUGACAAUCAAAGCAGAGAUAGCCUUUCAAAUAAAUUUGAUCUGAAUACUUUUACAACAAACUCUGAAAAUGUCACACCUCGAGAUCUGGUGACUUCUGGGCUCAUAUCGCAUGAUGGUUUUUCUUCUCCCACUCCUGAGGAGCUUGAUGGUCUAUAUGCUAAGGUGAACUUUAGCAAAAAGAAAAUGAAUCAAAGAAGGGAUGAUGCAAUACUCAACAAUUCAGACAGUGUCUCGAUUUAUGGGUUUAAUAAUCCAAUGGUUGCCAUGACACUGAAUGAAAGAACUGAACUUUAACAUUAGUUAAUACAAAG